AUGUCUAAGCAGACACGCUACACCCAAGAACCGCCCUUUGAGACUUACAGGCCACUGGAAUCAGAUAUUUUCGAAAAUGAAGAGUACUACGUGUACUGUCAUAAGGAUGGCAAAAAUGCCUUUGAAUUUGUGAGAAGAAAAGUUGGUGGCUGGGUCAAUUUAUCACAUUUCUAUUCCUUAAUUAGCGAGAAGAAACACGAAGCUCUGGAUCAAGAGAUUGAAAACAUUCUCCCCCAUCAUAAAAGACAACAAAAAUCUACACCAGAAAGAUUCUAUGGUAUAUGGACAACACUUGAAAAUGCUAGGGCUUUUGCUAAAAAGCAUGGAAUUUAUAAUGCGCUUGCACCUCUUCUAGCGUUUGAUAGAGUGGCAUUAGUGAAUUACAUGGGGUACCAAUAUUUCGAAUAUUUUGUUUGUCCAACUGUUGAUAUUGCCAUAAGGAUUCUCAGGGAUACAAGUAAAUAUAUUGAGAGAGUCAACAUGGACCAAGUCUUUAUUGCUUAUAAGAAAUACAAAGGAAAUGCAAAUCUUCAAUUACAAAGGUCCUUUUACACAUAUUAUAAAGAUAUUUUCAAAAGAGGUGAAUCUACAUUAUUGGGUGGUCAUUGGACUGACAGAGAAGCAGCAGCUAAAUUUACAAGAAAGCAUGGGUUUUAUCAAAUUUUGAAACCAAUAUUGGCUUUCCCUUUGAAUGAUCCGAGUCAACAAGAUCCUUAUCCUAUAGAUAUUGUUCAAGCAAAUAUUAUGCAGUAUUGGAAGGCUACAAGUUGUGAUGAUUCAUUUUAUGGAUUUCCUGAAACUUUUAAAGGGGGUUUGGCACCAAAGCGUCCCUCUAAGGAAAGAAGAAAUAGAGUAUUCAGAUUUACUGAUUUGACUGUUGAAAAAAGAUUCAGUAUCGAGACGACAAAAGGUGAUGAUGCUUUUAAAAGAAAUCUCACUUUAUUGAGAAGAUUGUCUGAUGGGGCUGUGAAUGCUACCAUGUUGAUUUCAAUUUGUGUUCUUUUAAAAUCAAAUGAUUUAAAUUUAGGUGCAGAUGAUCCAGAUUUCUUAAUCCAUAAUGAACUAUACCAGAGGGACAAACUUGAAAAUGUUCCAUGUGAAACUGUAACUACACAUAGCUCCAAGUAUUUGAAUGGUAAAUGGUGUUCAGCAAAAGAUGCUAGAUUUUUGUUUGCUCAAUUUAAUCUUGUUAAAAAGGAUAAAGAGAAGGAGGCAAAGGAGGUUGAUGGGCUUUCACAAUUCUUGAAUGAUGAAAGAUUCAAAUCAGUUGAAGAUCAAGAUGAAGAUGAAGUGCUUGAAUCAAAUGGAGUAAAGCCUAAACAAGAAGAAGACGAUGAAUUUGUAAUGAUUCCUGAAAAUGAUUUCAGAAAAGCUCAAAAUGAUGCUAAAAAAGAGGCAAUUUAUUAUGAUUCCAAAUUUUUUGAAAAUGCAAACUCAUCGGAUGAAGAAGAGUUGGAAGCUGCUGAUUUCAAUGAUAUGGAAGAUGCACAAGGUAGAGUAGGUGAAGAUGUUGAAGAAAUCUUGGAUGAUGAUGACGAAGAUUUCGUUCCGGUAAAAGGUUCAAAACCUAAAAGGCGUCGGUUUAGUUUAGCAAAUUCCAGUGACGUUGAAGGAGGAUCCGGUAAUUCUAAAAAGAGGAAGACUGGUGGUGUUUUCAUAUCGGAAGAAGAAGAUGAUGAUGAUGAUGAUGGUGAUGAUGACUUCAAGGAAGAUGUAGAUAUUGAGGAUGAAACAAAUAGUUUAUUCGUCGACUCACAAGAAGGUAAAGAACCACAACCAGAUAUUGAUGAAAGAUUAGACGAAUUGAAAAGAAAAGAACAAACAGAAACUGUUAUUUUGGCAUUGAAGGCUUUAGUUGCAAAUUUUGAUAAUAAUUUUAAAAAAAAUCAAAAAAGUUAUAGAAUUCAAAAAGAGUUUGAUGGAUAUUUUCAGGAUUUACAAAAAUUUAGAGCAAUUUCCACAGAAAUUAAAAUCAGAUCAAAUCUAACUCAAACUUUGAAAAAAAUCAAAAAUUUUGCAAAUAAUUAUAAUAGAAAAACUGAAGAAUUGGAGAGAAAUUGGAUAGAUCAAGAACGUAAUGGAGAAUUACCAUCAAAAGAUCAAGUUAUUAAACUUUCUGGUGCCAAUCCCUAUGCAAAAUUAUCUGCAAAUAAGAAUAAUAAUGCCAAUCAUAAUAAUUUUAUAAAUCAUCAAGCUAACGGUGGUGCAAAUGCCUUUUCAAGAGUUCAUAGAACUAUAUCACCUUCUCAUCCUCAACCACCACCACCACAACCAACAUGGAAUCAAGCACCAGUUGGUCCAAAUCCUCAUCAAUAUGCACCAUUUCAACAACAAAGAAACUAUAAUAAUUUUAAUAAUGGAGUUCAACAGCAACAAUUCCCCAAACAACCUGUUAUGCCAAGAUAUAAUCCUCAACCUGUUCCAUCUCAACCUCAUGUACAAAGACAUUAUCCUGGGAAUGUUCCAUAUGGAGCCAAUAAUCGUCAAUUUGGUAGACCAGUCCCACCACCUGGACAACCACAUGUUCAACAACAACAACAAGGACCUCCACCACCAGUUGUUCCACCAGCUCAAAGACCAUCACCAACUAUUCGUCACGCUCAAAUCAAUUCACCAACAUUUCCAGCUGCACAAUUACAAAGGAGUGGAGGUUCAUCACCAAACCCAUAUAUUGUUAAUCCACCAAAUGGACCAUCAUCACUUGGUAAAAAAAAUUCACCAAUACAACCACCACCACCACCACCACCAAGAGUUGGUGUUUCACCCAAAACUGCUCAACAACCACCAAUUCAACCCAUAGCACGUCGUGCUCCACAAUCAUCAGAAGGUUAUGUUCGAUCAUCAUCCACAACAAGUGGUGGUUCAUCAUCAACGGGGAAUGAAAAAUUUCAAAACAAGUAUAGAGAACGUCCCACUGAGCUGAAGGAUUCAUAUGUUCCAAGUGCAUAUCCUAAUGGUGCUCGAAGAAGUGGAGCAACACCAUCAACAAGUUCAUCAUCAGCAUCACCAAGACGAGUUGUUGUUGUUCCGGUUUCCAAAUCACCAAUUAAUAAGAAUGCACCAAGGAUUGAAUACAAGAUUGAUAAACCGUUAUCACCACCUAGUAAUUAUAUUCAAAUGAAUGGUGAAGGUUUAGAUUAUGAAGAUAUGGAUAUUGGUGACUAUGAAGAUAUGUUGAAAUCAAAACAAGAUGAAGAUGAAGUUGCCCAAAAGCAAAAUGAUCCAUUGGAGAAAUAUAGACGGAUUGUUCAUUUUGAAACACGUACAAAGCAAGAUUUAUUUAAACGGGCCAAAGUGUUUUUCCAAGAUGAUCCAAGAGUUGGAUUUAGUGAAAGAUUACAUGCAAUGAUGUUGGAAGGUUAUGAAAGAAGACAUGGUAUUAAAUUAAAUAUUAAAAAGAAAUGA